AUGCUCCAACCCAACGUUUCCCCUGCCGACUUUCAGGAUCAACGUUCCUUGCGUGACAGCGAGAUGUCGGAGAAUUUCGAGGUUGAGGUUUGUUUGUGGCCGUCGCCUACGGUUUCGACAUCUGCGCCCAAGAUGACAAUGUCGUCGCCGUCGCCGACGACAACGACGACGGCGGCUGUAAUGGUGGCAACGAGUGGGUCAUCGAAGAACAAGUUGAAAGUAAUGGUGCAACCGAAAUUUUGGAACUCAAAGAUACCAAUGGAAGUGAACCCAACGAAUAACGUGGGGGAAUUGAAGAAAGAGCUGCAAAAGCUACAGCAGAGACUGCAUUUUCAUCCGCCACCAGAGGGUUUCUUUUUCAUUUAUGACCACGACGACCGCUCCUUCCGUUGGCAUGGUGUAGCCCACGACGAUACCAUUGAGAUCUUCAAUGACAGCGUUUCUGGCGGAUCUUAA